AUGGUGAUAAAAAGUACAUUUUUAGGAGACCCCCAGCGAAUUUCCGGCUCAUUCGAAGGCGUAAUCAAUGGCAACUCGAUUGAUAGAACUGAUUUGCAUACGUUCAUCACAGCCACUGAUGGGCAUGCAUAUACAGCAGUUUCGAAAAUCCCCUCAGAUCUUGGAUCACCAUUUCUCAUCCUUAAUCCCAUAGGAUCUAUUAUGGGAUGGCUUUUUGCUGAUGUGCAAUCUCCGCGGGUCUACAAUGGCUUCCAGCUGACUGGAGGGCUCUUUAAUCGUACCGUAACCCUACACAUUGGUGACCGAUACCAAGUUUCGAUUCGACAAAAAUUUAGUGGACGAGAUAUCUACCAUUAUUUCAAAGCUACGGUCUUCGUGUCUGGCACUUUGCCAGAUGUGGCACCUGGAGCUGAAGUGCAGUUCCCUGAUUAUGAAGAAGAGUAUCGGAGGGAAAAACCAGGUCUCGUACGUUCCUAUACCGGCAUGGACAUUCUGUUGAAAGAAGGUGGAGAGACGAAAACAAUUCGAAUGACAGUCGAUCAACUUAUUCAAUUUGAUGAGUGUCCACAUAGGACGUUCGAAAAAGACGACGCUGUAGUGCUUCAUGUCAAGCGAGUCCAUGUCACAUAUGAUCCAAACGAGGGAAUCGUAAGGUGAGU